UUACAUAUCCAAUUUGAAUUAUCUCGAUGUUUAUUUUUAAUUUUAGCUUUAUCUGUAUAAAGUACGUAUCUUCCAUGUAGCUUUUUUAUUUUAUCGAAAAUACAAUAUGCAACAGUGUUGACGAAAUUUCCAAAUUCAUAUGUGAGCGUUUGACGAUUUAAUUGUAUAUGGUUUUGUGAAUGCCUGUGUUUAAGAUUGCAGUUAAGAAAGAGAGAAGCAGUUGGAUUAUCAAAUCUCAGUAGUUAACAAGUGUAACAAUGUCUUUUUGGAUAUUUUUGAUUUUGUCCUUGAACAUUUUGUGCGAUGCACAAAUGCAGGAGCAUUAUUUAAUUUCAAUGGUUGAUGAGUCUGAAUCGUUUGAAACAUUUUUUCAAGAUGGUAGAAUGAUUAUGAAAAAAUACAAACCAACUUGGGAAAGUUUGGAUAGUCGUCCUCUUCCUCAAUGGUAUGACGAUGCAAAAUUUGGUAUAUUUAUCCAUUGGGGUGUCUUUAGUGUACCCAGCUUUGGAUCUGAAUGGUUUUGGAAUAAUUGGAAAGAUGAGAAAGAUAUAAAAUACCAUGAUUUUAUGGAGAAGAACUAUCCUCCUAAUUUUACAUAUCAAGAAUUUGCCAAAGACUUUACUGCUGAGUUUUUUAAUGCAACACAAUGGAGUGAAUUAUUUGAAGCAUCAGGUGCCAAAUAUGUUGUAUUGACAAGCAAACAUCAUGAAGGUUACACAUUAUGGCCUUCAAAAUAUUCCUUUAGUUGGAAUUCUGUUGAUGUUGGACCUCACAGAAAUUUAAUUGGGGAACUAGCCAAUGCCAUAAGAAAAGAAACGAACUUGAAAUUUGGUCUCUAUCAUUCCUUGUAUGAGUGGUACAAUCCUCUGUAUCUACAUGAUAAGGAAAAUAAUUUUACUACAGACAUUUUUGCCACUCAAAAGACAAUUCCUGAACUUCAUGAAUUGAUUGAUCUUUUUAAACCAGAAGUGAUAUGGUCUGAUGGUGAUUGGGAGCCCACAGAUUCCUAUUGGAAGUCUAAAGAAUUCUUAGCCUGGUUAUACAAUGAUAGUCCCAUUAAAGAUACAGUUGUAGUGAAUGAUAGAUGGGGAAUGAAUAUACCAUGCAAUCAUGGUGACUUUUACACUUGUACUGAUCGCUACAAUCCUGGAGUGUUGCAAGCCCACAAAUGGGAAAAUUGCAUGACAAUAGACCGCAAAUCUUGGGGUUAUCGAAGAAAUGCCGUUUUAAACGAUUAUCUUACUCUAAAAGAAUUAGUGAAAGAAUUAAUAGUCUCGGUUAGCUGUGGUGGAAAUUUACUCAUGAAUGUAGGCCCUACAAAAGACGGCAUCAUUGCUCCCAUAUUUGAAGAAAGACUUCGUGGAAUGGGCAAAUGGCUAGCUUUAAAUGGAGAGGCGAUCUAUAACAGUAAACCUUGGAGUACGCAAAAUGAUACUUUAAAUGGGGAUGUUUGGUAUACGCAAAGUAAAAACAGGCAAAAACUAUAUGCCAACGUUCUUUCUUGGCCUAUCGAUAAUAUUUUGCAAUUGGGAUCGAUUAUGCUUUCACAUAAUUAUAAAGUAUUCCUCCUGGGACAUGAUGAAGAACUUGUGUGGAAACAAGAAUCGAAUAGCGUAAAAAUAAGUUUACCUGCUAAUCAUCAUCGAGGACAACCAGCUUGGGUAUUAAGAAUUAACUUUUCCCAGUGAUUAUGUUAAAAGAAAAUAUUUUCGAGAAGUAUAUUAUUUUAUUAUAAGUAUUAUAUUUUCUAUAACACUUUAA